UUCACUGCGUGUAAAACGUGAUUUCAAUGGACUAACAUAUGAAGGGUAAUUUUGACCUAAAAAGGUUCAAAUAUUUUCGGAAGUUGCAGGAUAAAAUAACAAUCGCUAUUGCAGAAAAUGCAUCUUAAUAUUUCGUUAAAGCUGAUCUGCAUUAUACACUUACUAUUCCUACUUCUUAUAAUACUAAAAGUAUCUUCUGAGCAGUGUAAAACCGAAAUCUUUACGAUUAAUCCCGAUAAAAGAGAUGUAAAAUUACAUGGAUUCACCUAUUGUUCAUUUGAUCAAACCACACCAAGAGGAUGUUUAUCAAAAUGUAUCCAACGACCACUAUGCCACUCAUACAACUAUAACAUGGCCCAUCUUACAUGCGAACUUAAUAUGACGCCAGAGACUCUUUCGGAAGUUUACUUUCAACAUGACAAAGGUUAUAUCUACAUUGAGAUUCAACAUUACAGAGGGAAUACCAGUUUUAACCCGUGUAUCGGAAACCCAUGCAGCAAAAAUGAGAUUUGUGUAAGACUGAAGAAUAAGGAGAUUAUUUGUAUAAAGGAUGAUGUUAUUUUACCUAACAAAAAUCCAGAAAAUGUGGCGCUAGGAAAGCUAGCUCGACAAUACACAACACUGGACAGCUAUUCUGCAUAUAAAGCUGUUGAUGGCUUGACAACCACGUUUUCACAUACAGACAAAAUUUUAUCACCAUUUUGGAGUGUUGAUCUUGGAACCAUUUACAACAUCAUUCGGAUUGAAAUUAUCAACAGAGACUCAAGUGGCAAAAGACUACGUGAUCUUGAUAUAACAGUUGGACCACGCGACGAUGAUAUGUCGAUGUGUGCGCAUUUCACCGGACCCGGAACUAAUGGAGAACAUCUGGUAUUUCAGUGCAAAGGGUGGUAUAUAGAAAGUCGUUAUGUCAAAAUGACUAUUAUCAAAGGUCCAGAAGAGUAUUUACAGUUAGCAGAGGUGAAAGUUUUCGGUUAUCCGACACUAGGAUAAAUAAACACAAACAACAUGAAAUUGAUCAAGUGUGUUAUGAUUUUUAUUUUUAUAUUCGUCUGUAAAUAUGUUGAU